GAAACAUUCGUCGGAGUUCCACAGCGUCUGGGGAAGACAGAAAGAGGCGACGUAGACGAAAAUGAUGCUCCAAACCACCAAGCAGCUGGCCAAGGCCGUCAAGACGCAGGCGCCGGCCCACGUCCGCUUGGUCUCCUACACGGAGCGCCAGGCGAAGCUCGGCCGCCCCGUCUCGCCGCACGUCGAGAUCUACGCGUUCCCGGUCACGGCCAUCGCGUCCAUCACCAACCGCGCGACCGGCGUCGCCUUGACCGGCGGCUUCGCCUCGGCGGCCUUUGUCUCGCUCGUCGGCGCUGACGUCCCGGCCUUGAUCUACGCCGCCCAGGACAUCAUCCCGUUCUUCGCGCCCCUCUCCAAGUUCUGCGUCGCCUUCCCCGUGACGUACCACUCGCUCAACGCGAUCCGCGGCGCCGUCUGGAGCCAGAACCCUGAGAUGCUCACCGUGCCCCAGGCCGCGCAGUCGAGCCAGGGCCUUUUGGCCGCCGCCGGCGUCGUUGGCAUUGGCGCUGCCUGCUACACCAUCAAGCGUGAUUAAAGCUCUCGUCGAACAGAGACAGCCAGCCACGAUUUGCGCUGUAGUAACUCUCUGAUCAAUGUAAGCUAUCCGAUUGUUGUUGCA